UCUCAAAAAUAAAUGUAAAAAAAAUUUUUUUAAAUAAAUAAAUUAAAAUAGCCUGUGUUUAGGCAAAUUUGAGUGCUCUUGAGCAAUUUUCUGGGAAGUUUGGAAAGACAGAGACUUAAUACCUUCUGCUACUGGAGCGAAAGUAAUGGUAUCUCAGGCUACACACGUGAAAUGGAAAAAUCCUCAAACACUCAGGGCUUCUGAUCUGCUCAUUUAGGCCCAACCACUGUGUGCGUUUUUAAAUUUUGGCUUGAACGACUUGUUUUUUUGUUUUUGUUUUUGUUGUUGGUGGUGGUUUUUUGUUGUUUGGUUUUUUGUUUUUUUUUGGUUUUGGUUUUGGUUUUUUUUGUUUUUGUUUUUGUUUUUGUUUUUGUUUUUUUUUUUGCAUCAGCUUUGCAGCCUUGCAUGGUACAUCAAUCGUCUGGCCACAGACCGUGACCCCGGUUGAGUCCACGGUAAGGAGGGAAACCAGCUGAAGAUGAAAUUCCGCAUGCUCUGGCUCAUCUCUUUCUUCACACUCACCGACGGCGGGGAAGGCUUCCUGGGGAGAAAUGAAGGCAUGAAAACAAAAAGAGGACUCACUGUGAAUAAGAAAAAGCAUCCAGGCUCAGUCCAGGAAUAUGAGCUGCUGCUUCAGGUGGCCUACAGAGAUUCCAAGGAGAAGAGACACUUGAAGAAUUUUCUGAAGCUUUUGAAGCCUCCAUUGUUAUGGUUACAUGAACCAAUGAAGAUUAUCAGUGCAAAGGCCACCACAUACUGUGGGCACCAGAAUGGGGUCCUGCAGUGUUCCUGUGAGGACGGCUAUUCCUGGUUCCCUCCCUCAUGCCUUGAUCCCCAGAAAUGCUACUUUCACACGGCCGGAGCCCUCCAGAGCUGUGACUGUCAUCUCAACAACCUCACCCAGAGCCUCAGUUUCUGCGAGAGAGCAAAGGUUUGGGGCACUUUCAAAAUCAAUGAACGAUUUACCAAAGACCUUUUGAAUUCAUCUUCUCCUUCAUAUUCCAAGUAUACAACUGGAAUUGAAAUUCAACUUAAAGAAGCAUUCAAAAGAAUUCAAGAUUUUGAGUCGGUUCAUGUCACCCAAUUUCGUCAUUAUAGGGAUGGAAGCAUCAUUGCUGGGUUUGAAGUUGUGGGUUCCAGCAGCACAUCUGAGCUGCUGUCAGCCAUCGAACAGGUGGCUGAGAAGGUGAAGGCAGACCUUCGCAAGCUGUUCCCACUAGAAGACGGCUCUUUCAGAGUAUUUGGAAAAGCCCAGUGUAACAGCAUUGUCUUUGGAUUUGGGUCCGGGAAUGACGAGUACACUCUUCCCUGUAGCAGCGGCUACACUGGAAGCAUUACAGCCAGGUGCCAGCCCUCUGGGUGGCAGGUCCUCAAGGAGACAUGUGUACACUCUCAGCUGGACGAACUGAAGAAGAAUUUCAGUGUGAUCGCAGGCAACGCCACUGAGGCAGCUGUGUCAUCCUUGGUGCGAAAUCUUUCAGUCGUCAUUCGGCAAAACCCAUCGACUACAGCUGGCAAUCUGGCUUCAGUGGUGUCCAUUCUGGACAACGUCUUGUCUCUGUCACUGUCAAGUCAUUUCAAGGUGUCCAAUUCAACCAUGGAGGAUGUCAUCAGUAUUGCUGACCACAUCCUUAAUUCAGCAUCGGUAACCAACUGGACGGUGUUACUGCGGGAAGAACAGCAUGCCAGCUCACGAUUACUGGAGACACUGGAAAACAUCAGCAGCCUCGUACCUUUGACAGCUCUGCCCCUGAGUUUCUCUCGGGAAUUCAUUCACUGGAGAGGGAUUCCAGGGUCCCAAAGCCAACUUGAGAUGGGUUACAGCUAUGAGGCUAAAAUAUCCCCCCCAAAUACUUCCAUUCCCAUCAGAGGCCAUGUGUUAAUUGGGUCAGACCAAUUCCAGGGGUCCUUUCCAGAAACUAUUAUCAGCAUGGCCUCGUUGACCCUGGGGAAUAUUCUAUCCAUUGCCAAAAAUGGAAAUGCUCAGGUCAAUGGGCCAGUGAUAUCCACGGUUAUCCAAAACUAUUCCAUAAAUGAAAUUUUCCUGGUUUUUCCCAAGACAGAGUCAAAUCUGAGCCAGCCUCACUGUGUGUUUUGGGAUUUCAGGCAUUUGCAAUGGAACAAUGCGGGCUGCCACCUAGUGAAUGAAACUCCAGACAUGGUGACGUGCCAAUGUACUCACCUGACCUCCUUCUCCAUACUGAUGUCACCCUUUGUCCCCCCUGCCAUCAUCCCCUUUGUGAAAUGGAUCACUUUUGUGGGACUGGGCAUCUCCAUCGGAAGUCUCACCUUAUGCCUAAUCAUUGAAGCUCUGUUUUGGAAGCAGGUCAAGAAAAACCAAACUUCUUACACACGCCAUAUUUGCAUGGUGAACAUAGCCUUGUGCCUCCUGAUUGCUGAUGUUUGGUUUAUCGUUGCUGCCACUGCAGACUCCACAGUAAGCUUUUCUGGAGUCUGCAUAGCUGCGGUGUUUUUUAUGCACUUUUUCUACCUCUCCUUGUUCUUUUGGAUGCUCAUGCUUGGCAUCCUGCUAGCUUAUCGGAUCCUCUUUGUGUUCCAUCACAUGGGCCUGCAUUUGAUGAUGGCUUUCGGGUUCUGCCUGGGCUAUGGGUGCCCUCUCAUCAUAUCUGUCAUCACCAUUGCUGUCACGCAACCUGGCAAUGGCUACGAAAGGAAAGACGUGUGUUGGCUUAAUUGGUCUGAUAAGAGCAAACCCCUCUUGGCCUUUGCUGUUCCUGCACUGACUAUUGUGGCUGUGAAUUUGGUUGUGGUGCUGUUAGUUCUCACAAAGCUCUGGAGGCCCACUGUUGGAGAAAGGCCGAGUCAGGACAACAAGGCCACUAUUGUCCGCAUGGGAAAGAGCCUCCUCAUCCUGACCCCUCUGCUGGGGCUCACCUGGGGCUUUGGCAUAGGAACAAUAGUGGACAACCGGAAUCUGGCUUGGCAUGUUAUUUUUGCAUUACUCAAUGCAUUCCAGGGUUUUUUCAUCUUAUGUUUUGGAAUGCUCUGGGAUAGUAAGCUGCGACAAUUGCUGUUCAACAAAUUGACUCCUUUAAGCUCUCAGAAGCAAGAAUCAAAGCAGAACUCAACAGAUGUAUCUGCCAAACCCAAAUUCCCCAAGCCUUUCAACCCACUGCAACACAAAGGCAUUUAUGCUCUUUCCCAUACUGGAGAAUCGUCAAAUGACAUCAUGCUAACCCAGUUUUUAUCAACUGAAUAAGGCCACGAACCAUAAAAUCAAGGGAAAUUUUUGGUGCAACUUGACAUUUAGAACUAAAUGUCAGUGAAAAAAUUAGCACAAUAUUAGAUGGAAUUUUCUGAUGUGGGCAUCUGGAAUAAAAUGAGAAGGUUUCAGCAGCUCUA